UUUUUCCAAUUCAUCGCUCCUUCCUUUACCUUCCUCUGCCUCCCCCGAGAGUCCGUGACUCGUCGUAACCCCAAAUAAGAGAAACCGCGCCCUCCGCCGAAUUUCAUUCUGCUACCUCUCUCCACCACCGUCGUCAUGUGAAACCUGACACCCACCCACCUUCUGUUCCUCUCUCUCUCUCUCUCUCUCUCUCUCUCUAGGUUUCCAUCAUCUUCUUCAUGGCAACCUAACUGCAGAACCCUCUUCAUUUACCUUCUCAUUAUGACCCUUCUUUAAUAUUCUUCUUUUGGGUUUCCCUUUCAAACGAAGCAUCGGAACUCCAACCCAAAUUCCAGAAUCGAUAAAUGAAAAAUAGAAGAAGGGAAAGGGAGAGGGAGAGGAGGGCAUAAUUGAUCUGAUCCAAAAAUUGUUUCUUUUUGACAAAGAUCCGAUCUUUUUUUUUCAAUCCCCUGAUUCAGUAGGUGAAAAUAACCAAGUACCAACUAACACCUCUUCCAUUUUCCCUUAAUCCCUACUCCAAAGACGACCUCCCAACCGCAGGCGAAAAAGCUACAUCCCAUCCGCCAUCCAAUCUUCCCCUUCCCUGGUCGUCGCAUGAGAUUUGGUUUUUAAAAUGAGUCAUGGCAGAGCUCAAACGACCCAGCAACAACAGCAGAGGGUUCUACGUCAAGAUGAGACUAAACGGGAAGCAAGCCCAGCAGAUGGAGAAGAAGAAUCCUUAUUUCAGAUUCUACAAAUGGAUACUCUGGAUCUCCCUUUCCCUCUAUUUCCUCACAUCUUUCUUCAUUAGCCACAAGCCUAUCCCUCUCUCCAAAACCCACUUCUCCAAAUCACAUUCCACCGUCGCUUCCCGCGCCCUCUUCGAGUCUUCCUCCUCCUCUGUUUCCAAUUCGUCGUCGUUGCCACCGCCGAAGAAGAAGCAGAGCAGCACAAGCCGGGGGCAUUUGUUGAAAGAUUUGAAGAUAUUCGUCUACGAUUUGCCUCCAAAGUACAAUUCCGAUUGGCUCGCCAACGAGAGGUGCGGCAACCAUUUGUUCGCCUCCGAGGUCGCCAUUCACCGGGCGAUUGCUAGCGACGACGACGUACGCACUUACGACCCAUACGAGGCCGAUUUCUUCUUCGUCCCUGUUUACGUCGCCUGCAAUUUCAGCGCCGUCAAUGGCUUCCCGGCGAUUGGUCACGCCAGGACGCUUAUUUCAUCGGCGAUUCGGCUCAUUUCCUCGAGCUACCCGUUCUGGAACCGCUCCCAGGGAGCCGAUCACGUCUUCGUCGCCUCUCACGAUUUCGGCUCUUGCUUCCACACCCUGGAAGACAUGGCGAUUGAAGAUGGAGUCCCGGAGUUCAUGAAACGUUCGAUUGUAUUGCAGACAUUUGGGGUGAAAUAUCGCCAUCCGUGUCAGGAAGUGGAGAAUGUCGUCAUUCCGCCUUACGUCUCGCCGGUAAGCAUAAGCCGGACGCUGGAGAAAGCGCCGGUGACCGGCCGGCGCGACAUUUGGGCGUUCUUCAGGGGGAAAAUGGAAGUUAAUCCCAAAAAUGUCAGCGGACGAUUUUACAGCAAGAAGGUGAGGACGGCGAUAUGGCGAAAUUUCAGCGGCGACCGGAGAUUCUACCUACAGAGGCAGAGAUUCGCCGGCUACCAAUCAGAGAUCGCCCGGUCAACGUUCUGUCUCUGCCCGCUGGGGUGGGCCCCAUGGAGCCCGCGGCUGGUCGAGUCCGUGGCGCUGGGCUGCGUCCCGGUGAUAAUCGCCGACGGGAUCCGCCUCCCCUUCCCGGAGGCGGUCCCCUGGCCGGAGAUAUCGCUCACGGUGGCGGAGAGCGACGUGGGGGAUCUGGGGAAGAUCCUGGGCCACGUGGCGGCGACCAAUUUGUCAACCAUCCAGCGGAACCUGUGGGACCCGGAGGUCCGCAGGGCCCUGCUUUUCCACGGGGAGAUCGAAGAAGGGGACGCCACGUGGCAUGUGCUUUACACGCUGGCGAGGAAGCUGGACCGGUCGCGUCGGACGGUGAGGGUUUCGGACCAAUGAAUGAGGCGGGCGGGGCUGACGUGGAUGGAUGGCAGUGCAACUAACUCGGCGUGGAGGCCACCUGGUAGUAGACAGGCUGGCUUGCUUUUCUCCUCUGCUCUUCACCAACGUGGACAGUGAACAGAACAAUAAUGGGAUGAUGACAGCUAAGCUCUAGAUUCAAGACCUCGCCGGCUGGGGAGUUGGUCGCCGGAGCGGGCAGGAGGAUGAUCUGUUGUUUAUUGGACCCGCCGGUGAGGGUGUGACGAGAACUAGAGAUUGGAUUGUGUGUUGGGGGAAGUAAAUUGAGAGAAGGUAAAAACAGAGGGACCAUGUUAGAUAAAUUGGUUUGGUGCAUAAAUGCAGAAGGUGUACAGUACAGGUUAUGGAGAGUGGCACUGGCAAGGGUUUGAUUUUGGGCAGAGUGUGGUGUUGUCCAUUUGUCCUGUUUACUUUGCUGGGAGUAAUGGUCAGUAGUCAGUUAUUCAAAAAAGAAAUUGAAGGGUCUGUUGGAUUUGUGGUGGUCUAUUAUGAAAUCUGCAAAGGAACUGGUGGAAAGUGUGCGUUGGGAGAAGCCAAAGAGAGGGGUUUUUUUGGUGCUUUCGAUAACUUUUGGUGCAGAAAUGAUGCAUCCUCACUCCUCAGCGUCGAGUAGGCAGCAGCCGUUACCGCCUUUGAUACGUUGCAAAUGAGUCAAGCCGCUCGCAAGCAACUCGCAGUAUUCGAAUCGGAAAAACUCGUUCGACACUUAACUCGUUAUUUAACAAGUUAACUCGUGAGCCGAUUCGUUAGCAAACGAGCCAAACAUGUGCUCGACCAUGCUCAGAUUGAUUAGCUCGGGAGCUAGCUUGACUUGGUAGAUUGUUGAGCUAAGCUCGCGAGCUGG